AUGGCAGGCCAUGGCUGUCUGGGGCUGUUCUGCUGGGUCCUCCUCGCCAUUCCUGUGGGCCCCCAACCCGCUUCCUCCAUCCCAGGCUCCCCUCUCACCACGCUGACCCCACCACCUCAGAGCGAGGCCUCCAUGCUGUCCCUCAAUCUGGGACUGAACUUCAAAUUCCACCUUCGGGGACCUGCUGCGGCCUGGGGGGGCCCCGUCACGGAGACCCACCCGCCGUCCCCAGGGCAGAGCCAGGAGCUGGAGGAGGAGGCGGCCAGUGGGCUGAGGACUGACCCGCUUUGGGAGCUGCUGGUGGGCUCCCUGGGGAACUACUCCCCAGAGUGGGGUUCCGCUGAAGGCAGCGCCACCCCCUGGGCCUCCUCCCUGCCUCUGGAAUCCACUUCCCCCCUCUCUGGGCCCACCACCCGGCCUACUGCCCCCUACCAGCCCAGGGUGGGCACUGUGACCUGGGACACUGCCCUGAUGGCCACAGCACCUCCGUCCAGCGCCCCCAGGCCCCAGCAGACAGAGCUGGAAGUGCAGUUUGACAUGUCCCUGAGAGCAGGCGCAGCCCCCACGCUCGGGCAUCGGACCCUGCCCCUGCUGCCCAGUCUGCGGGCCAGCCUGGCAGAGAUUGCUGGGCGCCUGGGACCGUUCGGGUUCUUUGGCACCACUCUGUCCCCUCUCCGGAACUUCUCAGGCGGGAGCCCCCCGGGCCCGACGGCGUCCCCGAGCGCUGCCUCCAGAGCCUCCGCUUCGCCGGGGUCCUUUGGCACCACGCUGUUCCCACCCCCGUCCUCCCUGGAGAGCAAGCUUGCAAGCCCAGGCCCACUAGACCCAACUGCUUCUCUGAGCGCCGCCUCCAUUGCAACCACAUCGCUAGACGCCACCCUCCCCACCUUUGGUCCAGAGGAUCCCUCUCCUGCCAGCCUCGGAAACCCUUCUGUGAAGCCGGCGGGGUGUGGGCCAGGGUCCUGCCACGUCGGAGAACUGCCCGAAGGCGAGGGGCAGCCUCCUGCGGCCCCGCUGUCCCUCUUCUUCCUGACCCUGGAGGCCGACUGGGCGGAGGCCCGGGCUCGCUGGGGGUUGGCCUGGGAGGCCCACGUGUACGGGGUAGGCGCCCUCUUCGGCCUGGUGGCCGCACUGGCGCUGCUGGCCCUGGCCCUCUUGCCCUGGCGCUGCCCGCCCGGCGCCCCCUGCCUGGCGCUGCUGGACGUGCUCCUGCUCUCGGCCGGGGCCACGCGGGCGUUCCCGCUCUUCUACGACGCCUACGGGCAUCGCGACCGGCUGCCAGCGCUCGCCUGGCUGCUGCUGCAGGACCUGCCGCCGCCGUGCCUGGCCGCCGGCCUGGGCCUGGCCUGCCUGCUGCUGGCCCGGCCGCGCCCGCCGCGCUGCCCCGCCGGCCUGGCCGCGCUGCCGCUGCUGGGCCUGGCGCUGGCGGCCGCCGCCGCGCUGGGCAGCGCCGCCCACCGCCCGCUGCGGCCCCUGCGGCUCGCCUCCCGCGGCCUGCACGCCUUCCUCGCCGCCCUCCUGUCCGCGCUGCUGCUGGCGCUCUCCUGCUGGCGGGGCCGGAGGCGGCGGGCCGGGGCGCCCCUCGGAGGGUCCGGGCUGCAGGGCGCCACGCCGCUCCCGCCGGCGGCGCGCAGCCCCUUCGCCCCGCGGGACUCCUGGCGGCGCGCGGCGCGCACGGCCCCGGUGGCCGGCGCCUUCGGGCUGCUGAGCGGGGCGCUGCAGGGCUACGAGGUGCUGCACGCCCUGGGCCUCGGCGGCCAGCCCGGCCUGGCGGGGCCCUGGCCCUGGUGGGCCUUCCAGCUGGGCCUGCGCCUGGGCGAGGUGGGCGUCGCGCUGCCGCUGGCGCUGCUGGGUCUCUACCCGGCGCUCUGCAGCCCCCGCGCGCCGCCGCCGCGCUGCUGGGCCAAGCUCCUCCGCCUGUCCCCGGGCCACGCGGCGCCGCUGCUGCCCGCGCGCUGGGUGCCCGGGGCGCCGGACAAGGAGCCUCUGGGCGGCGCCAUCACGCGCGGCGACGCGGAGCUGCUGCAGCUGUGCGCCCUGGCGGGGCCGGGCCCCGACCUCCUGUUCCAGGGAGGCUCCUGUCGGGGCUGCGGGGGGUCAGCGGCCCACCCGGCGCCCCCCUCCCCAGCCUCCUCCCCCUGCAGCGACUGCACCGUGGACUUCGCCCCGCCAUCCCCCAUCAACCUGCGGCGUAGCAUCGAGGAGGCCCUCUGCAGCGAGGCGCUGCUGGCGCCCGGGCUCUUCCAGGGCCCUGCCUUUGGGGAAGCCCUGCCCGGGCUCGGCCUCUAUGGCACCGCCUCGCCCGGGGCUGGGCCCAGUGGGAGGUCCGAGGAGGCCCCAGGCAUCUCCGGGCCCCCAGGCCUUUCCUCCCCAGGGGCCUGGCCCGCGGGCAGUAGCGCGUCGUCGGGCUCGCUGUGCGGACUCUCCAGGGACAGCUCGUCCAUGCUGCUGUGCUCCAGCCCAGACCGGGACCGGGCCCCGCACUGCCCGCUGGUCUGCGUCCUCAGCCCCCCGCGGCCCUCUGCAAGCAGCCCACACCUCCCAGCCUCAGGAUCCUACCAGGCCCUGUCCCAGUCCUCCCGCGACUCCCCAGAGCCUGCUGGUGAGCUGCAGGCCCAAGAGGCCUUGCUGCAGGAGCAAUUCCUGGACGCCUGCAGGCAGAUCGACGAGUUGAGCAUGGGCAGCGACACCAUAGACCUGUGA